AUGUCUCUAACACCAGAACAAAUCGAAUACUACAAAGAACAUGCGGCCGACGACUUGCGACCGAGCCUCAUAGCGGCCUACGCUGCGGGCUUAACUUUGGCCUAUAUCUUCGUUGGACUGCGCAUCUGGGCCCGCAAGGCUGGAAAGCCAUCAUUUGGCCUCGAUGACGGAAUGAUUCUCGCGGCUUUGGUACCACUGACGGUCUUCGCCAUCGUGGGCUGGAUAAGUACUACCUUUGGCGAGGGCAGGCACAUCAUCUUUGUUACCAACGCAGCUGGCGUUGUUCAGGUCUAUGUCGUGGCCAUCGUGGCGUAUGCCAUAUGUGUUGUUCUUACCAAGGUCUCCAUAUUGUGCUUCUACUGUCGUAUCUUCUUCCCUAUCCGUCACUUGCCCCUAGUCUCGUGGAUCUUCGGCAUCUUCAUUGCGGCCUAUAAUUUGGCCCUCAUUUUUGUCACUGUGUUCCAGUGCGUUCCGCUGUCGUCCAUGUGGGCAGGAGCUCCAGGGAAGUGUUUCGACACGCUGCCGCCGUUCACUGCCCUUGGGUAA